CGGUGGAACGUGUCUAAAUUAAAAAAAAAAUUUACUGUUCUGCAACUUUUUGCAAACCGCAUGAAGCAGUAAAAUGAAGUUUCAUAUAUAUUUUGUCAUUCUACUAAUUUUCUUCAAGAAAGCCAAUGCUGACUACAUUCAGUGCUACGUAUGUGAAGAUUGCGAUGAAAAUGAAGGCGAAUUGGUGUCCUGUGCACUUCUUGGAGAGUUACAAUUAAUAGACCCAAUAGUUGAGACCACAACAGAGACUGCUGCACUCAUCAGCUCAACACAGACGACAACCACAGCAAUAAUAAACGAAAAUACCACUUCGGCCAAUUUUGAGAAUCUGACAACGACGACGACAACAGUCACCUCAGCCAAUUUCGAAAAUGUGACAUCCACUAUAGUUGCAGUCCAAGAAAACUUAACCACAGUUAGUAUACCGAAUGCUAUUGACUCCAUGGAAUCUUAUGAGGAUAUGGAGUGGGAGCGAGAGAGCGCAGAAUCGCCAAUCUACAACGAGCCUGAUAGAGAAACGACGAACAGAACGAGUGGAGAAAAGGACACUUUCAACGUCACUGCUAUUUCUACCAAUGAGACCAGCGAGACAACGGAGGACGGAAGCGUACCGCUGUUACUAGGCACAACGCCAACUUUGACGGUUAAUUUGACUUCCACUCUACAACAAAAUACUACCACAAAUACUACUGAUAUGCUCGAACUGAAUGUAACUACAAGCGAAACUUUCUUGAACUCAACUACAUUUGUGUCAACUCUCAAUACUACCUCAGUAGCAGCGCCCGGGAGUGAUGGUUUUGAAAACAUCACUGGUACAGUCGAAACUGCAGAUAUAGGUCCUCUAAAUACUUCGGUAAAUGUAAAUUCUACGAGUAUGGCUACUGAGGUAUGGGAACUCAAUGGCGCAGAGACCUUGAUCUCUGAAGAAGUUAAUGGAACAACACAAAUUAACACAACAACCCUAAAUUUUGGAGGUGAUACAACAACAAUCAAUAAUACGAACCUUAGUUCUGACAGCGUAACGUCAACAGAGAUUUUAAUAUUGGAAAAUGAGGUCAAUUCUGGGAACGGAACAAUUACAACUACGCCAAUAUUGGCAAAUGAGACCACGAGUUCUUUGGGGCUGAAUGCUACAAUACAAAAUAAUACAACAGCCGUAUUAGAGAACGCAACCUCGAGUUCUAUGGAGAUUAAUGGUACAGCAGGUCUUAUUACCGGGACAUCGCUGUUGGAAAAUGGAACCGCGAGUUCUGUGGAACUUAACGGUACAACAGCCCUAACUUCUGGCAAUGUAACAACAACAGAGUCUAUGACCAGUACCGUAGUUCUUAAUGGUACAACAGAAGUUAAUACAACAGCUAUAAGUUCGGGAAAUAUAACUACUGAGAUGCAAAUAUUGGAAAGUACUAUAGGAAUAAAUGGAACAGCACAAGAAAGUUCUACAGCUGUGGAUUCUGGGAACCUAACGACAACAGGAAAUUCGACAUUGGAAAGUCAGACCAUGAAUUCUACUUUCAUAUUAGAGCAAGACAACUCUACGGUUCCUGAAAUAAUGGAACUGGCUGAAAAUCUCAACGAUACACUGCAAACGCUUAUGGCAAAUUUGACGGCCACUAUAACAGACAAUGAAACAAGCGAAGCGAUUGAACUUAAUGGUACUUCAGAGUUUCAAGCAAAUGUGACAACAACAUCGGCAAAUGCCAAUGUUACAUCAAAUGUAAAUAAUGCGCAAACCGAAGCUGUCAUUUCCGAAGAAUACUCAGACGAAGAUGAUGUCAACACUCUUUUUGAUUCUGAAGAACAGUUCCGCAAACGCUCGAAGACUUAUCGCGGAAAGCUUGGCGCUGAGAAGAACAAUCGUAAUGCUGAGGAAACCACAAUCCACGGCAACCAGAUGUCCAAACCAUUCUUAAUUAAACAAACUCCUACAGACUUUUUACUAAACAAAUAUAGUAAACUGAGGCAUGUAGCGGGACUGAAACAAGUGAACAUUACUUAUAGAUGUUACACCGUACGCGUUAAAGGCGAAAAUAAAGUGCAAAUCAACAAAGGCUGCAUUGCAGUGCCUGCCGAACGGACCGCCUGCGAGCUGCUAGCAACAAAAUAUGGUGAGGACGCGUUGCAGGAUUGCCAAGUGUGCUUGAAGGGCAAAUGUAAUAGUCGAAGCAGCAGCAAAGAUUUGAAAUUUUCCUUUAGGAGUGUUAUCUUAACGGUUUUAAGCGCUUGGUUGCUCAGUUGAGUUUUGAAUGGCUGUUCAACAUUUGCUGCAGUUUACUGCAAACAAUACACUUUUAUCAAAUUAAACGGUAUAACCGAAAUAUAUCCGAUAUUUUUGGCCUUUUUAUUGGAAUUAAAUUAGCACGAAAAUUUC